CUGUCGGAGCUUUAGAGCGUGACACCCAGCGGAAGUAAACAGUAGCAGCUAGCAGCAUUAGCUGGCUGUGUGUAAUGAAUGAAGUGAAGACGGUACUGAGUCACAGCGCAGCUCAUUAUUGAACGAGUAAUUAAAGAAGAAUGAGUUCAGUUGAGAGUUUGAGAGAGUUUGUCAACGAGCGACUAACUGCUGCUGCUGAAGAAAUAUUCAGAGUUUUUAAAACAACUAUCGUCCAGUACGAGGAAGAGAUCGAUCGGCAGCGCGUCAUGCUGGAUAUCUGCUGGAAACGCCAAGAAAAGUUACACAGGAUAGAGCUCCCACAGCAACAUGUCUGUAAGGAGGAGGAGGUUCUGGCUGACCAGCAGCUCUGUAACCAGGAGAGGAACUCCAGUCUGGACCAAGAGGACCCAGAGCCUCCAGAGAUUAAAGAGGAACAGGAGGAACUCUGCACCAGUCGGGAGGGAGAGCAGCUUGUACUGAAGGUGGAGACGGAAACCGUCAUGUUGACUCCAGCUUAUGAGGAAAGUGACCACAGUGAAGCAGAACCAACAAGUGACCACCAGCUCCUCUCUAACAACUCUCAUGGAGCUGAGAGCCGAGACCAGAAAGGAGGAAAACAUGGAGACUCGGGAUCAGCUGGAGAUGGAGAGCCGAAGGAAAAGAAAAGACAUCACAGAAAAAAUAAAAACUCUACCUCAUCAGACAUUCAACAUAACACUCACCCAGGUGAAAAGCCUUUCAGCUGUGACACAUGUGGAAAGACUUUUAAGUUUAAGUCCCAAUUGAAUUCACACCUAAGAAUCCACACAGGUGAGAAGCCGUAUUCUUGCCAAACAUGUGGGAAGACUUUCACUCUAAACAGUAACUUAACAGCUCACAUGAGAGUCCACACAGGUGAGAAGCUGUUUACUUGCAAAACAUGUGGGAAAGCUUUCAGACAUCGUAAAAACUUAACAGUUCACAUGAGAACUCAUACAGAUGAGAGGCCGUAUUCUUGCAAAACAUGUGGGAAGACUUUUAAGCAAACCAGUGCCUUAACAACUCACAUGAGAACUCACACAGGUGAGAAACCAUAAUGUUGUCUGGGGAAAGUUUGUCUGAUCAGUCUGAAGAGACAUUUGAUGACGUACAGGAGAGUAGCCUUGUAUUUGCAAAAUAUGUUGGAGGUGGUUCAGUUCUAGUGUUUCAUGCAUAGUUGCAGAACUUUAACUUUAAAUGAGCUACUUGAAGAAUCCUCAGAGGAUCAAUAUACACAGGAGAAAUGAUGAGCUGAUGCUGAAUGUGAACAAUUUCCCCUUGAGAAGAUGUCAAAAUAUGUUUGUUUCUAUCUUCAUGCUGAUUUGCCAAAUUUAUUAACAUGAUGAUUAAAAAGUGGAGUUAAUCGCU